CCAUGGCUUCCCUAAGCAAGGAUGGCAACAAUCAGGCGGUGGGUGUCAGCCACAAGGUCACACUGUGCACAGAUGGUGGCUGGUAGUGGUCAUGUGAGAAAUGCUUCUCUUCCAGUUCCUAGCCCUGGCCUUUAUGUUUACCUUCUAGAUGCUGACAGUAUUUAUUCAGUGGAGGACACAGACCCAAAAGAAGCCUGCCAGCCUACCAAGAUGAAAUGUCUUGAAGGCCCACGCUUACACCGAAGGCCAGGCAAGUUCUGUGGCUCCUCGACUCCUAAGGAAGAGGAAGAGAAACACAAGGCGGCAAAGGAGGAUUUAGAUCCAGAUUUGGUCCCAGACCCAGAUGGAGAAGAGAAUGAUCUUGGGGAUCCAGCUGUACUGGAGGCCACCCAUUAUACCCAGAGAGGUCUAUUCAGCUCUCCUGGAGCCAAGAUCCCUGGUGCGCUGGGGAUGUCUCCUGCCUCCGUGCACUUUCUGUGCCAGCCUAUGUUUCCCAGCACUGGCUCUCUGCCUCAGCCUUUUGAACCUCAACAGCCCCUGCUAGAUCCAUCUCUCUUCUGCAACCCACUGACCUCGUGGCCCUCUAGGUUCAGUCAUUUGACCCAGCUCCACCCUCAGCACCAAAGGAUCUUGCAGCAGCAGCAGGAGCAACAGCAGCAACAGAAGCAACAGAGCCAAACACCAAGUCCCCCAGGCAAGAAGACUUGGCUUCAGCAGCAGGACCCCUAUGCUAACCUCAUGACCCGAAAAGAGAAGGACUGGGUGAUAAAAGUGCAGAUGGUUCAGCUGCAGAGUGAGAACCCCCAUCUGAAUGAUUACUACUACCAGAAAUAUUAUCAGAAACUAGAGAAGAAGGCAGAUGAAGAACUACUUGGACAAAAGAACAGAGUUCAGUCUCCUAUGUUGGUGACACCUUACAUUCAGAAGGCAGAGGCUUAUGAGUCGGUGGUUCGAAUUGAGGGUUCCCUGGGCCAAGUAGCUGUAUCAACAUGUUUUAGUCCUCGCCGAGCUAUUGACGCUGUAUCUCAUGGAACUCAAGAGCAGGAUCCAGCAGCUGCAUGCAGUCAGAAGCUUUGGGUAUUAUGCAGGAUUGAGAAGAUGUUCCUGCAGUUACUAGAGAUAGAGGAGGGCCAGAAGGAUGGGCUUCCACAGUCCUGCAACUCUGAGCAGCAGACCAACCAGGUUGAGAAGCUUUUCCAGGCCUUAAAGACCCAGGAAGAGAACAAGCUGGAGGAAGCAGCAGAUAGCUUCUUGCAGGUGCUCUCUGUGAAGAAGGGGAAAACCCUGGUGGCCCGGCUGUUGCCUUUUCUGCUGCCUGAUCAGGCUGUUAGCCUUCUUCUGGUUAUUACCCACCAUCUGCCCUUCUUGGUCCGGAGAGAUGUGACCGACCAGGCCCUACAUAUGUUAUUCAAGCCUCUGGGAAAAUGUAUCAGUCAUCUGACCUUCCACGAACUCCUCCAAGGACUGCAGGGCUUAAUGCUGCUACCCCCUGGCUCCUCAGAGCACCCAGUCAGUGUGGUACUUCAGAACCAGUUUGGAAUAUCUUUGCUCUAUGCCCUGCUGAGUCAUGGGGAGCAGCUGAUAUCCCUGGAUUCUUCCCUGAAGGAACCCAACAGAGACCACACAGCUUGGACAGACAUGGUAGUUCUGAUUGGCUGGGAGAUAGCUCGAUUGCCUACAGCCUCUCUCGCAGAACCCUUGGACUUCCCCAGCAACCUGCUUUCCCUGUUCUGUCACCACUUGGACAAACAAUUGGUUCAGCAGCUUGAGGCCAGGAUGGAGUAACUUGAUGGCAGAAUGAAGGGCUGUCUGAUCCACUGGUCAGUCUGUUCUGGGAUACUUCUUCCGGUAUGUAGGAAGUUAAAUUCUCAGACAUGAAGCUGUUUGAGCUCUCUACUGCAAUCCAGACAAUCUGAAGUUAUUGCUCAUGCCUCAAGAUACUGGAAGACUGCUGCAAAUAUUUUCAUUUCUUUUGUUAAAAUAUAAAUGUUCCUACAAAUAAGGGGGGGAUUAAAAGACAAUUAAAAAGGUAAUCAAA